CAUUUCGCUAGAUGCGAAGAGUGGGAGAGAGUGUGUUUGGACACCAGGAUUAUUAUAUCACCCCUAAAGCAUAUUUUUAUUUGAAAAAUAAUUUCUAUUAUAUGAGAGCGAAUAUUUCUAGUAUUUAAGUUUUGGUAAUAACGCUUGUCGCUGACAUUUAUUCUUAAUUGAACUAAUGUUAGUAAAGGAGUGGGGGAGAGAGUUACAGAAAACGUUCGCGUAUUAUUUCAUAAGCAGGCGCACAGAUAAGAGAAAUGCGAAGGAAAAUAUAAUUGUCUAAACAAUAAAAAAAAUCAUUUUCUUUCAAAUUAUACUUUUUCUUUUGACAUUAAACCUGCUUCGAGAAUAAGCAUGUGUACACGAAGACGUAAUAUAAUAGUGGAAGCUUCAAGCAGCUUGAAGUUUAUCUCCCAGCUAUCAGUUCUUGGGAUUCUUCAGGUGUCGCAAGAGAAUUGUGUAUGAUAAUUAAAGAGUGCGACCGAGAGCAAGAGUAGAGAACACGAAGUCGCUUAUAAUGAGCUCGAGCACUGCAUCUCCCCUAUAUCUGACAGAUGAAGAUGUUAAAAAAUUUCUGCAAUGGGACACGUUAAUUCCAGUCAUUGAAACAGCUUUGAAAACUGUUUCACAAACUGUUGAAACGCCACUCGUAGUACAACCUCCACGCACAAUUAUGCCUGUUCCUGACAAAAAUGGAGUCUUGCUUACAAUGCCAGGCUUCAGUAAAAAUGAUGAUGCAUUAGCAUGUAAGCUUGUAACAUCAUUUCCUGACAAUGCUCAGAAGGGAAUGGCAUCAAUAUUUGGCACAGUUUUACUCUUUGAUACCAAUACUGGAAAAGUACAAGCGAUAAUGGAAGCCAAUGAGAUUACUGCAUGGCGUACUGCAGCAGCUUCUGCUGUUGCCACAAAGUACUUGCAUAAAGGAAGCGACAUUCUUGCAGUUCUUGGCUCAGGUGUUCAAGCUCGAAGUCAUAUAAAUGCUCUGACACAUCUUUUAAAGUUUAAGGAGAUAAGAGUCUGGAAUCAUAAUCAACACGGUGCCGAAAAGUUAGCUGCAGAAUUUCAUGAGCUUGGAAAAUGCAUCUCAGUUUGCUACAGUGCAGAAGAUGCUGUAAAAAAUGCAGAUGUGAUUGUAACAGCUACCUAUGCAUCAUCUCCAAUACUGAAGAGGAAAUGGAUCAAAAAUGGAGUUCACAUAAAUGGUACAGUACAUGCAAAUGGUGCAAUGUAUCAAUCUGUUGGAGCAGGAAUUAAUCACCACAGUGAACUAGAUAAGGAGCUCUAUCAAGCAGCAUCUAUUUACACAGAUACAAUGCCAGCAGCUCAAAUUGAACUGAAAGGUUUAGCAGAUAUUGAAGUGUCUGUUUUGGGAGAAAUAGGAGAAAUCAUUCAAGGAACAAAGCAUGUACCACGAGAAAAUAUCACAGUAUUUCAUUCUUUAGGUAUGUCAAGAUACUUACAUAACAAUAUUUACCAUUUAUGUUUGUGAACAAUGACAAGAUUAUAAAUGAGUCAAAAUAUGCUAAAUAUUAAUCAGAUAAUGCCUGAAAUAGUUAAUAAUUGCAAUAUUGAUUUCCUAAAUUUUCAAUAAAACUUAAAAAUAUUAAGAAAUUUUGUAGAUAUCAGAAAAGAGCAGCAAUUAUUUACGACAUUACUUUCCAGGAAUGGCAGUUGAAGAUGUAGUGACAGCAAAAUUAAUAUACGAACAAUAUAAAAUGAAAAAUUAACCUAGCACUUUGUCACUGCACCAUCAGCAAAAUUGCUACUCUCAAAAAAUUACACUAUCUUCAUCCCUUGAAUUGAAUUCUCCAAAGUCUGAAGAUCCCAUAUAACAAGUUUCCCAUCUAGGCCACUGGUGCUGAAGCGAGAAGCAUUUCCUUUAGUUCCAGCAUACAGACAUACACAUGUGAUUGCAUUUUGAUGAACUGUCUCUAGAGUAGUGUCAUUUGUUUCAAUCCUCGCUUGACGAUCUAAGCUCUGGAAUUUUCUCAUUGCACUAAGAACAAAUAAUAGGAAUUUUAGCAACUAUAUGCACUUUUUAUAUUUGCUUUGAAGAGUGCCAUUGGUCUCAUUUCUCCUACCUCUAACUUUAAGAAUUUCUGAACCAAUUAAAAUUGUUUAGAUGCCAAAAAUAAAAAGUGAACAUUAAUUAAUUCUGUUGGGAUAUUUAUUCAAUUACUUGCUUAUUCUUCCUACCUUAACCCUCCAG